AUGGACCACCUUGCGGAUUCGGAGCCCGAGUGUGCUUUUGAGGGGCUGGACUUGGUGUUCGUGGGCCACGGAGUCUCUGCACCCGGCUUGGGAUGGGAUGACUUCAAGGGACAGGAUAUGAGCUCCAAAGUGCUACUGGUCUUGAUCAGUCAGCCUCCUGUAGAGCCCUUCCCCCAAGACGACAUGACCUACUACGGUCGGUGGACAUACAAGUUCGAGGAGGCACGACGACGAGGCGCUGCAGGCUGUCUGAUCAUCCACUUCAGUGAUGAAUUUGCAGGCUAUCCUUGGAGUGUCACUCGCACCGGCUACAGUGGGGAGGAGGUGGCACUGGAGAAGCCGCAAGCGAAGGCCUUGGCCCUUCAUGGCUGGCUCCAGCAUGAUCUGGCCUCCAAACUGGCCGUGGCUUCAGGCACAACGCUGGAGAGCUGGGUGCAGCAAGCACGACGAGCAGAUUUUCAGCCUUUGCCAGUGGGCCGUAUUUCGCACUCUGCUUUGUAUGAGAAGCGGUGCUUCUCUGGCCGCAAUGUACUCGGCUUCCUUCCUGGGGAAGAGGCGCACCGGCACGAGGCAGUGGUCAUCGCCGGACACCAUGACCAUUUGGGCGAGCGCGAAGGAGAAAUCUACAACGGGGCCGUGGACAACUGCACAGGGGUUGCGAUGAUGCUGGCGACAGCCCGAAGGCUGAUCGAAUCGGGCAUGCAGCUGAAAAGAUCGGUACUGCUUAUGGCACCCACAGCUGAGGAGUGUGGGUUUCUUGGGUCGGACUUCUAUGCCGCCGAGCCCCUGAUGCUCGGCCAGCGACAAGCGAAGCCAAUCGCUGCCUUCGCCUUCGAUGUUGGAAAUGUCUGGGGGAAGACGCGAGAUCUAUCAGUCCUUGGUUUGGGUAAGAGCACCCUGGAUCCGCUGUUGAAUGAGGUGGCAACAGCGCAAGGUCUUGUCUUGGUCCAUGAUUUGCAGCCCAAGAUGGGCCUCUUCUACCGCAGCGAUCACUGGAGCUUCGUACGCAGGGGUGUUCCUGGCUGUUGGUUCUUCUUUGGCCGGGACUUCAUCGGGAAGCCCAGUGGCUACUACGAAGAGGUCGUCGGUAGGUAUAUCCAGUCUGAAUAUCAUAAGCCGGCUGACAUCUAUCACCCUCACUGGACCAUGUCAGGCCUCUUGUCUCAGGUGGACUUCACCGUUGGCGUUGCCCAAGUUCUGGCUACUCGCACGGACAUCCUGCCGGCGAUGAAACCGGAGACUGCAAGCCCUUCUUUGGAGAUUCCCGAGAUUCCGGCUAGCUCUGCCUUUCGGCGCCGGCCGGGUAAGAGGGGCGUCAGCUUUGGCCUACGGUGCUUCGACUGCAAAAUCGAAGGCUGCGUCUGCUUCCUUUGA